AGCAGCGUCCGUGGCGGCUGCCGCUGCAGCACGACGGUUGCUUAUCUGCCCCCUCCGCGACGGUGCUCGCUCGUCUCCUCUGUGUUUUAUGCAUUAACUGACACCAUCUCGGCUGAUGCUCUUCUCGGCUGCUCGCUCGCAUGAGAGUGUGAAGUCGUCGCGGUCCGCCGCUAUGCGCACCACCCGGAGAGCCGCUGCUCCUCUCUGAGAUGAGGCCUACAUGUUAAAGCUCGCUCCCCCUCCUUUUCCUCCUCCUCCUCCUCCUCCCUGCGAGAAAGCUCACCGUGAUGGCUGAUGAUCAACAACAACAACCUGGGCAGCUGCAGCAGAGUCCCGUGUCCGGCCUGGGCUCUCUCCCCACCGCGGUGCCUGCUCUGCAAGGCCCCGAGGCGACCGCGCUGCAGUACAACAAGAUAAAGAAUUCAAUCUGCAAAUCUGUACAAUCAAAAGUGGACAGCAUUUUGCAAGAUGUUGAGAAGUUUACAGACAUUGAAAAACUCUACCUCUACCUUAAGUUGCCUUCUGGUCCUAGCAAUGGAAAUGACAAAAGAACUGAAAGUCAGAGGGGGUCUGCAAGUCCUGCAUCAUGUGACCAGAAUUCCAUGUCGUCCAGCCGGACCCAACAGAUGUACGCUUUCAACUGGAUCAGAAAUCACCUAGAGGAGCAUCCUGAGACCUCACUGCCAAAACAAGAGGUGUAUGAUGAGUACAAGAGCUACUGUGACAAUCUUGGCUACCAUCCUCUAAGUGCUGCUGAUUUUGGAAAGAUCAUGAAAAACGUCUUUCCAAACAUGAAGGCACGCCGCCUGGGAAUGCGAGGAAAAUCUAAAUACUGUUAUAGUGGACUGAGGAAAAAAGCCUUUGUGCAUAUGCCAUCAUUGCCCAACCUGGACCAGCAUAAAUCAGGAGAUGGGUGUGAGCUGUUGGAGCCAGCUGUUCAGUCUCCCAAUGCUGAGGAUGAGAUGCGUUCUGCAGCCUGCGGCCUGGUGUGCGAAUGGGCCCAGAAAGUCCUGAGCCGUCAGUUUGACAGUGUGGAGGAGUUAGCACGCUUUCUGCUCAACAGCCAUUAUAUUGGCACCAAGUCCAUGGCUGCCCUAACUGUUAUGACUGGGACUUCAACAGGUGUAAAAACGCCCACUCCAGCCUCGGCAUUUGUUCCAACUGGUGAGGCCAACUCCUUCCAGCCCCAAGUGAAGACUCUCCCUUCACCCUCUGUUGAUGCAAAACAGCAGCUACAGCGAAAGAUUCAAAAGAAACAGCAGGAGCAGAAACUCACUUCCCCACUGCCCAGUGAUGCCCAAGCUAGGAGAGCUGAAGCAGGCACACCAGGCCCUGGGUCUGGUAUCACCUCUGGAAGUCCUGCUUUGUUGUCCCCGCAGCCCACAAUUGGCAUUGUAGUGGCUGCAGUGCCGAGCCCCAUCACGGUCCAAAGGAAUAGACAGCUGAUGACAUCCCCAAGUCCAGUGGCGACAGCAGAGGGAAAGGUUCUACCAGUGAAUUUCCAAGUGGUUACUCAGCCUGUUAAGCAGUCCCCUAAAACUCCUCAGAAUGUUCCUGCCAGUCCUGUGGGUGACAGGUUAGCCAGACACAGAUACGCCCAGAUCCUACCUAAACCCUCUGCCACUAGCGCCAUCACUCUUCGAUCACCCCCGACACUUCUCAUCACUCAUAACAGCCCUAUCAAAACAGUAAUGCCCACUCAGCAUGUCAGUUCAGUGAAUGUUGUCAAGAUGACAGCUAUAUCACUGACACCUAACAGUAGCAGUGGCAGCAGCACUCCAACACCAUUAAGACCUGCUUCAGCUGGUGUCAGUAGCACUCUUUCCCAGGAAGAGCCUAACCAAAACCAGCAAUCUCAGAAUGGCAGCUCAGCCACUCUUCAGUCGUCUGGAGUUGGAAGAGUUGGCCGCCUCGCCACUACCCCAAUUCCCUCUGUUUCCUCCACUAGCGAAGUCAAGAUAACAUCUGAAACUGUGAAUGACAGUAACUCAUCUGCUGGUGCUGAAAAGCAGAGCACUGCACCAGGGACUAACACUGGGCAAAAGAACGAGAGGGCCACUAAAUAUAGGGCUUCCAGUGAACCUUCUCUUCUUGUCAAGGCAUCCCCAGUGCCUGAAAGAGUUAGUAGGGCCAAAAGUGACUCUGCAACGCCUCCCAGUACAAUCAUAGGGGCAGCUGCCCCAAGCAGCAAUAACAGCAGUGAUCGUCAGGAGAGUACCCUGUAUUUAACCGUAAUGAAUCAGGAUACUGAUAUUGGAUUGUCAGCCAAUGGUGCAGUUUCCCCCUCUGGCCAGUCAACAAAAGAUACUGGUCUUGGUCCAAAAAGUCCUAGAAAGCGUUCUGCUUCUGUUUUGGAGACACAUGCAAUCCCAGUUAAGCGGGUGUUCAUAUCUCAGCAGCCUUUGGAUGCUAGCAACAAUCCUAAACCUGGUCUUGUAAUAGCUACAAAGAAGAUACAGAGACCAGGAACCCCUGCAAGACCAGAAAGUGCUCCAUGCAAAGUAACAUUAAAACAGAGUAACUCCCUUCCAACUCAAAUUUUGGCACUUUCAGACACUCCAAUUGAAAACAUCUCUCAGACUAUGGUGACUUCUCAGAGCUCUUCACAAGUUGAGCACGAGGACAACUCUGCUGGAAUAAGCCCAACUGAAAUAGCCUCUUGUAAUAGCACAGCAUCUGAUCAAGCUUUAUUGCAACAAAUCGCGAGCCACCAACAAGUCACCACUGCCAUUUCUCAGGAGGCAUCUGCUGUGAGUGAGCUAAAGAGCUCGUUACAAGACUACUCUCAACAGAUACAGGCGGAACAAAAGCAGGUAACAGCUAGCCAUCUGCCAUUGAUGGCUCAAACCCCUGAAGCAUCUGCUCAGUUGACUCUCCAACAAGACAUUGUUGACUUUGAUGGAGCCCAAGCUAGCAUGGACUAUUUCCCCUUUAAUGAUGACGACAUGACACAGGACAGUAUAGUGGAAGAGUUGGUUCAAAUGGAGGAGCAAAUGAAGCUGAAUAGCAGUCUGCAGCCGUAUCUUAGUUCUCUUGAUAUACCUUUACAAGGCCAGUCAGUUGCUCAGAGCACUAUCCUUUCCCCCCACCAGACUGGCACUCAGUUCUACCACUCUGCGCAUAGUAGCACCACUCCAGUCCACACUCCUACACCCACACCAACUCCAACACCAACUCCAACUCCAACCCCUACCUCUGAAAUGUUGCCGGGGGGACACAGUUUGACCAGAGAAAGUCCUUGCUCUAGAAUGGCACCAAUUACUCCAGUUGAUGGCAUUUUAGGUGGUCGACAUACACCUAUCAGCACUCCGUUAUCCAACUGCAGUAGUAGUGUUCCACCAAGUCCAGUUGAGUGUCGAAAUCCCUUUGCAUUUACACCCAUUAACUCCAACAUACCAGGUUAUCAUGAUGGCAGCGUAGUGUCUAGUAGCCCAGUAAAGCCCAUGCAGAGGCCCAUGGCCACUCAUCCAGACAAGGCUAAAAUGGACUGGAUCAACAACAGAUAUAACAGCACUUCAAGCUCCCCAUCAAUUUCAAACAGUAAUGCCAUUGGAAUCCUUCCAAGCUAUCAGGAUCUGGUUGAGGACCAUUUUCGUAAACCCCAUGCAUUUGCCAUACCAGGGCAGUCUUUUCAGUCUCAGUCCAGGCACCAGGAUGGACAUUUGGGCCGGUUGACAACUGUGUCACCUGUUCAACAAGGACAGCAACCUGUCGAGAAUAAGCAAGAAAGCUUUGCUGUGCCUGCACCGUUAGACAACAAAGCAACAUCCGGGAACGGAGGUGGAACCUUCAGGUGUCGUAGUGUGAGCCCUGCUGUACGGCAGCGCAAUCUUAGUGGCACUACUGUGCAGACAAAUGCAGCACCAAGAUCUGUUGUUUCACCAUUCAAUUCCCCUUUGACCUCCGAAGUUCUUAGCAUUCUUUCCAACAGCCAAUCAGUGGUAACUGCCAACAGCAUGGCCCAAAGGAGCCAAUCAGUACCGCUGAGUAUCAUGAUGCAGUCUGAGAUGUUGCCGAUCGGCCACCAGGGCCAGCAAAGCAACAGUGCCAAGAUCACAAGUGUGCUCCUGAGCAAGAUGGAUGCAGAUGGGGAUGACACGGUGCGUGGGUUAGGUGUCAACAACAUGCCCUCCAAUUACACAGCUCGCAUGAACCUGACACAGAUCCUGGAAACUACACAGGCCUUUGCUGGAGGCACAAACCAUCAGACACAACAGCUGCCUGUCUGCUCAAGCCCUUCACCUUUUGACUUCCAGAAGCCUGGUUACCUUAUAAGCACUGGGAGUGAACAGAUUACUUUCUCCACUGAUGGCCAAGCACAGUCAGGCUCUGGGCUGCAGCAACAAGAGCAGCAGCUUCAACUGCAGGAUCAACAGCUAGAACUACAGGAUCAGCAACUGUUGGAGGAUCAGCAGUUCCAGGAACAACAACUGCAGCUUCCAGAGCAACAGUUACAACUGCAGGACCAACAGCAGCUACAAGAUGAUCCAGACCUCAACCAACAGCAGCUGCUGCCUCAAACCUCACAACAGAAUGAGGAGCAACAACAGCAGGAGCAACUGGACUUCAACAGCACUGUCAAGGAUCUCUUGGGGGAGGAUGGACUCAAUCCCAGCUCACAACUCGUUGGGCAGGUGGCAUCAGAACUCAGCGCGGUUGCGUCAGACUUCUCCAGUGAAAUCCGCUUGACCUCUGAUCUUUCUGGUAGCAUCAACGACCUGAACACUUUAGACCCUAACCUUCUGUUUGACCCAGGUCAGCAACAGGACCAAUAUGAAGACACCACACUGGAAGAGCUGAAGAACGACCCGUUGUUUCAGCAGAUAUGCAGUGACACUGUGAACUCUGCUGGAUUUGACUGGUUGGAGAACAAAGACCAGCCAACCGUGGAAAUGUUGGGUUAGUUUUGUUUCCUAUUCCUUUACUGUCAUGUUUAUUGCUGUUUGUUGCUAUUUAUGUUUUCUGUUCAUUGUCUUUGUUUUUUGUGAUUCUCUUUUAUAUAUUUUUAAAAUGUGAUUAAAGUUUGUCACUGCAGCAACUGGACAUAUCAGUCAAGUCCAGAGAGAAGUGCCAGCCUGACCUGAAGUGAUCUUUUACAGGCUUGUACUUUCUUUUCCUGUUAUUACAGUCCAUUCCAGUCUAAAGCUGAUUUCAAGCGUUUGUCAGUAAUCAGGCAUUUCUUUUCCCUAAGAAUUGGUUACGUUAUAAUUUAUACCAAUGUCAGUACAUUUCUUUAUUAGUGUAGUGGUCCUGUAUAUAACCCACUUGAAUAUAUCCACAAUUUGAUACAUUAGUCCAUUGAGAUCUUGAAUAUUCCACCACCAUAAAUCAGUCAGUGACGUGAAACUGAAUGCAAUAUUUUAAAAACGGAUCACUGAGUUUUGAUAACUGUCUUGUUAAGGCAAAGAGCAGUUGUGCGAUGUUUUAUUUGCCUUUGCAAGUAUGUUGGUGAGUCAUAUUGCUAAAGAGUUUACUUCAUUUUCAUCAUCACUUCUUCAUAACUAAAUUGUCAGUCAAAUUACCAUCAAAUUUUAGGUGCUAAUAGGUGCUGAAUAAAAGUAAUUGGCAUCUGCCAAAUCACUUUUCGGUCAUUGUUGUGUUUUGCCUAAUAAAUAGUGAGUUAGCAUAUUUAAUAAUAGGACAUUUUACUCGUACUGUUAAAUAAAAAGAUGACGGAGAGGAGUCAGAUUUUUUGAUAUACCUACACUGUUUA